AGGCCCUCUCUCUCUGUGAGGACAGGCGUGGUGGAGAGAGCUGAGGUCCGAGAGAGGGGAGUGGUAAGCUGGGGCAGACGGCCCCCUCUCCUUUCCUCUCUCAUCCAGCUGCCUGUUUCCUGCCCGUCUUCAUCUAGCUCUCUGUGGGAUUCCUCCGCCUGGGUGGCCACCAUGCUCCCCUGGCUGCUGCUGGCCUGCGCCCUGCCCUGCGCGGCCGACCCCCUGCUGGCCGCCAUCGCCCGCGGGGACCUCCAGAAGGGCGGCCCCCAGCUCGUCUGCAGCCUGCCGGGCCCUCAGGGCCCCCCCGGACCCCCGGGAGUGCCGGGACCCUCGGGGACCGUGGGAAGAAUGGGCUUUCCCGGCAAAGACGGCCAGGACGGCCCCGACGGGGACCCCGGGGACAGCGGAGAGGAAGGUCCACCUGGCCGGACAGGUAACCGGGGGAAGCCAGGACCAAAGGGCAAAGCCGGGGCCAUCGGGCGGGCCGGCCCUCGAGGCCCCAAGGGGGUCAGCGGUGCCCCAGGGAAACACGGCACUCCUGGCAAGAAAGGGCCCAAGGGGACCAAGGGGGAACCAGGCCUCCCAGGCCCCUGCAGCUGUGGCAGGGGCCGGGCCAAGUCGGCUUUCUCGGUGGCGGUGACCAAGAGCUACCCACGGGAACGGCUGCCCAUCAAGUUUGACAAAAUCCUGAUGAACGAAGGGGGCCACUAUAACACGUCCAGUGGCAAGUUCGUCUGCAGUGUGCCGGGGAUCUACUAUUUCACGUACGACAUCACGCUGGCCAAUAAGCACCUGGCCAUUGGCCUUGUACACAACGGCCAGUACCGCAUCCGGACCUUCGACGCCAACACGGGCAACCACGAUGUGGCCUCGGGCUCUACCAUCCUGGCCCUCAAGCAGGGGGACGAGGUGUGGCUGCAGAUCUUCUACUCGGAGCAGAACGGGCUCUUCUACGAUCCCUACUGGACUGACAGCCUCUUCACCGGCUUCCUCAUUUACGCUGACCAGGAGGACCCCAACGAGGUGUAGACGGGCAGGGCAGACGGUGCCAUGCCUCUCGGAGGGAAGGAGUUUGUGGCCUGGUGCGCACAGAGCUAAAACCCCACAAUUGACUGUGGGACCGGGAGCAGGAACUUGGAGAUGCAAGCCAAUGCCCUCUACCUCUUUUUAUUUCCCACCAUUAAAUUCAAGCUUCGGGGCUGGAGCACAGCGGGGAGGGCAUUUGCCUUGCACGCGGCCGACCCGGGUUCGAUUCCCAGCAUCCCAUAGCACCCCCUGAGCACCACCAGGGGUGAUUCCUGAGUGCAGAGCCAGGAGUAACCCCUGUGCAUUGUCAGGUAUGACCCAAAAAUUUAAAAAAAUUAAAAUAGGCGCUAGAGUAAUAGCACAGUGGGUAGGGCAUUUGCCUUGCAUGCAGCCGACCCAGGUUCGAUUC